AUGGUCUAUAUCGAUGCUUCCCAUCGUCACCCCUGGUAUCCCCACAACACCACUCAAGGGAUUUGCGGCGAGCGUUACGGCAACUCCAUGCCCUUCGCGUCCACUUCCUUUGGUCUUCCCCACACAUGCUUCGAAGACGUCAUCCUCGUCCCGCUUGCUUCCUGGAUAUUCCUCAUCAUCUUCGCACUUUCGUUCCUUCGUCGAGGUGGAUCUGGGCCGGCCAGGACACUUCAUAGAAUAAGAUAUCGAAGCGGAAAGCCGGGGUGGUCGGGACGAUGGUCCAAGACAGCGACAGGUCUCUCAAUCUUAUACUCUUUCCUCGUAGCCGCCACGUUACUCAUGAAUGUCCUUGAGGUUGUCCGCCUCCGCCUUGCAGCCCGCGGCGCAGGACUGCUGUACUUCUCGCUCAUAGUGCUCCUCCUCGUCCUCGUGUACAUGCAUAUCCCGCUCCCGUACAAGCAAAGACUACCUCUGCGGGUCGCCUUUUUCACAUUCUUCACGCUCUCCCUUGUGUUUACAAGCGUGAAGCUCGCGACGCUCGAAAAGCUCGCCAACAUUGAGCCACGCACGGGGACUGAAUAUCUUAACUCGGAUCAGCGCAUUGAUGUAGAGACAUACUUGGGUCUGUACGCGGUCGAGUUCCUUGUGGAGAGUUACCGCCUACUACAGCUCAUACGGAGAUCACUUGAGCCUGAACAAUCUGAGCAACAAGAAAAACGAGAAGGCCAAGCUGCAGAUUGCGAUGCAGAACGCGAAGGAGCAUCCGGUGAAGAUUAG